AAGCUGUUCCUAUAGUAACUGCGCCAUUUCCAGUCAAAAGGCAAAACCAACCGUCGUAAAACCAUAAAUUCCCAGCUAAAAUUUCCACAUUAUCUGUAUUUUCACUUCCUAGAGCCCUGACCUUGGUGAAUUAGACUUCUUGGAACUCGAAAAAACUUCGACAUCGUCAGAAAUGUCAGACUUUGAAGACGAAGAAGGCGUCGAUGAGCCAGUUAUGGACGACGAAAACGAGGAGGAAGAUCAGGACGAUGAGAAACCUCCAGAAAACCCACUAACGGAAGAAAUGUUAGCUGAUAGCUUGUCCCUGCUCUGCAAAACGGGAAAUGGCCUGGCACAUGCGUAUGUUCGUUUGGAUAUACAUGACAAGGAGUUAACAGAUAUUAGUGUGCUAAACUGUUUCAUUCAUCUGAGAUAUGUGGACAUUAGUGGAAAUUCUUUAAAGGACCUCUCACCUCUGAACUCUCUCACUCACCUUCUGACCCUGAAAGCUGAUAGGAAUGCUCUAAGCUCUGCCAAGCUUGAUGAGCUUCCCUAUCUUCAAAUAGCAAGUUUUACACAAAACAAGAUUAUGGAUACAGAAGGCAUCAACCAUCCCCUUUUGGAACAUCUUAAUCUAUCUAUGAAUGAGAUAGUGGAAGUGUCAGGUCUAGACCCUGGAAAGCUGAGCAGACUGGCCAUACUUGAGUUACGAGGGAACAAGCUCAUGACAACAACCGGGAUGAACUUGGAAAACCUCAGAGAGCUAUAUCUGGCAGCUAAUACCAUUCGUAAGGUGGAGGGCCUCGAUCGCUUGGAACACUUGACGAAACUUCACCUGCGGGACAAUCAGAUAGAUAGCCUUGAAGGCUUUUCAGAAAAUAUGAAAAACUUACAGUACUUAAAUCUCAGGGGGAACAGCAUCUCAAGCAAUAAAGAAGUUCAAAAACUGAAAUGUUUACCCCUACUAAGAGCAUUAGUGUUAAUGGAAAAUCCUGUGUCUGAUGAAGAUGAUUACCGUAUUGAGGUGCUGAUUGCUCUGCGCCGACUGGAAAGACUGGACAAGGAUGAGUACACCGAGGAUGAACGACAGGAAGCCGAGGAGAUCUAUAAUCAACGGCAAGAGGAAGAGCUUGCAGCUCAGCAAGGAGGGCAUGAAAUCAUCCAUACAGACGAAGAUGAUUAGAAUGUAAUGGCGACAGUUCAAACUACAUCGGAUUGUCUUACUAUUAGCCACGGCAUUUAAUCUUUGGUUUGUGAAACUAAGUGAUUGACUGUUCUAUGGAAAACCCAACAAAUUGUAGCACACCCUAUACAUUAGUUCCUUUUUGUACAGAAUUUACCACAAAUCUUAGAACUGUGUAAACUUGUAAAUAGAAAAAAAGACCCUUAAGAAUUUUUAAAAUGAAUGUUAUGCUUGGUUUAAUGCAUAGUUAUUUACAAUCUUGCAAUCUUCUUAGCCUUUCCAUCAAAGACUGUGCAUUGCUAUGAAAGCUCCUUAAAGCAGCUUCACAGAAAAGUUACUAAAAUAUUUAAGAAAAUGUUAGCUUAGGUCCAAGUGCUAUCUACCCAAUUGUUUUACUUGAAAAUUCAAACUAAAGGUUUUUCACUGCUGUUGAGCUGUGUUGUCAUGUUAAAUGCUAGUAGCUCCAGUUUACAGGCAUGUGCUCUGCACGUGCGCUAUGGACACCACAGAACUGAGUGUUGAGCCUGCGGUUGAGUUUACAGCGGUAUCCUCUCUGGGUGGUUGCACAGCACUGGUGAUUCCAACGAGACGGUAUGGGACUGGGGUUAUAGCCAUGAGAAGGCACUAUGAAAAAUGCAUACACAGGAGGUGGUAUUAGUUGCUGUUUUAAAAUCAGCGCUGUUGGUUUGGCAUGGUGUGAUAUGAAUAUGGUAAUUUUUAAAUAAGGUACUAGUAACAUGAAUAUAAUAAAGAGGCCUUUUAUUGGUGUGGCAACGACGUUUA